CACACGUGUUUUCUUGCAGGUUUGAAGGUUACUGAAGAAGCUUCUGGGGAACCUCCGUGUCUUCUGUCCGCUGGAGAGGGUCACCAGGACGGCGUCGGUCGAGGCGGCACUGAAACGCAGACAUGGAUCCCAUGAAGGCGCAGCAGCUGGCGGCGGAGCUGGAGGUGGAGAUGAUGGCUGACAUGUACAACCGAAUGACCAACGCCUGCCACAGGAAAUGCGUCCCGCCACAUUACAAGGAGGCGGAGCUGACGAAGGGUGAGUCGGUCUGCCUGGACCGCUGUGUGGCCAAAUACCUGGACCUCCACGAGAGGCUGGGACGGAAGCUGACGGAGCUGUCGGUCCAGGACGAGGAGGUGAUGAGGAAGGCGGCCGUUGGCAGCGGAUAGAGACACUGACGAAGCAGAGCGUUGUGGGGGAAUUACAAGGUUAUGGGACGGGAUUAGCAUGUGAAGAAUAUGUGAAGACUUGUGUGUUUUAAUAAGUGGGUGGGAGAAUCAAAAUAUAAAGUUAAUGCCAUUGAGGGUCCACAGAGAGAAACUGCCUCCUCUCCAGCGUUAGAGGACGAUACAAAAGGGCAGCGACGAAGGAAGCACCGGUGCAGCAGGAGGACAUCUUGCUCCCGGUGGUCCGCCCGCCUCUCCGGAUCUGGAUUUUACGUUCAGCUCGACCUGCUGAAACUGGACUGGACAUGUGAUAUUAUUUCUGUGUUGUACUUUGUGCUUGUUUUCGGCUGUCUGGAUUCCAAAUAUGCCAAAUAUCUGGUGCAUUUGACAGGUUAAAACAAACGGAAAGAAUGACUUAAGUGUAGUCGGUGAUCUUAACUCAUAUUUUGAAUUCUGUAAAUUUUUUUUGUUUGUUUUGGGCCGUCUUUAAAGGGUUAACAUGAGACAACAUUCAGGUAGCAAUACAGUGUUCAGUUAAAAGUUGUCUGUUAUGCAGACAUAGCAGUUUAAUUUUCUUACAAAGAGAGAUUAAUGGGUUACUGAGGUGUGUUGAAUCUGUGGCUUGAGUUUAACUUGCUCGAUCACCAUGGUAACAGAUGCUGCACAGUGGCUCAGUUUCAGCGCCAAAAUGUCACCAAUUCUUUGCAAGACUGUGUUGUCUGAGUGAUACAGAUUUCCAUCAAACCUUUGUAGGCACACAUCAGUAAUCCCUCGGAAUGAAGCUGUGCAGUUGCACCUUUCAAACUUUGUACAUCGCGUUGCCACGGGAACCAACAGCCAUUCAGCUGACGAUGCAGAAUUAUGGCUUUACGUUUGGUCCUGAUUCUGUUUACACUGCUGUUUUUACAGAUAAUGGAGCUCAUAUUUGGAAAUUGUUUAGCCUAUAGGUGCUUACCAUAGAGAAUAUACAACUGAUGAUAAUGUAGCUUUAACAGUGGUCCUUGAUUACAGGACAGUGUCAGACCUAAAUGCACUUCUUCAACAUCAUGUUUAAAUUAAUGACGUUGAAGCGCUCUCACAUGCAGCUGUAUGAAGAGUGCACCGAGUGUUGAAAUACGUAUAUUAAACUAUUUAGUUUGCAUUCCCCUCUUGCAUCAUUUGCAGUAACAGUGCUUCUUUUUUAGCUCUAUAAAUUAUUUGUCAUAGCUUUCUGUUCUAACAACCUGUUGCUUUUGACUGAAGAAGGUGGCACAUCAUCGCUGCUCCAGUUUGUGUAGAAGAAGAGUUAAAUGAUGCAUUUUUUUUUGGAGCGUAGUGAAGAAAGCGGAACAAACCCAUUUUCUCUGCUUGGAGUUACCAGUUUAGUUAAGCCAGCUAACUUAAAGGAAGCCUGGCUAUGUCUCCAGGCAACAGGAUCAGAGUGUGCACUUCAUUAAUUAUGUGGUAGAGCCAGUUUGUCUUUUUAUACAGGACACUAUGCAUAGUUUUCUCUUUUUUUUUUCUCCACCCUGGAUGGUGCUGUGUUGUCAGAUACAGGCGGCCUGAACUUUGUCAUGUUUGUGUAGACUGUCAGUGGACCAUGUUUUUCUCUUCUUUUUUUUUUUCAUGUGCAAACCACAGUGACACAGCUUCUGCAUAGCGGAGAAGCUGUGUCACUGUGCUGCUGUUACUCUAAUAAAAAAAGAAAAAAAAAA